CGUGCCGCACAAUGGAACCCCUGCUGUUUGGAAAAUUGGAAAUGAUUUUUAUUACAUCUGAAAGUUACAGGAGGAAUUUGAGGAAUCGGUUUAUAACUUAGGAACAUAAAAUAGGGAAAAAAUAUGUUAUUAUGCCAGGGUUGCGAGUUUACUUAAUCCGUUUAUUACUGGAAGAGGUCAUCGUUUAUUACCCUUGUUGCUUUCAUCGGACUGGUACUACCUGUGUACCCCUAGUCCACGCGGACUAGGAGGUACCUUCGCGUUUGCAAAACGCAACCAAUCAGAAUAAUUACACAUUUACCCCCGACGACGAAUUUCAACCAAUACAGGAACUGGAAGUUUCUACACCAAAACACCCACCACGAUUAGGAACUUAUAUAUUUCUCAUCAAUACGGAAAAAGAUUACUUGUCGUUUAGACUGCGCUGAUCAUGGAUUUUACGAAAGCAGAAAUUCUCACGUUAAUUGAAAUAUAUCGAUCCAAGAGUGUGUUGUGGGGCCCUACAAAUUGCGAUUAUUUUAAUAAAUUAAAAAAAGAAGAUGCGUGGGAGGAAUUAAGCAGAGAAAUAAACAAAUCGAAAGCAGCUUGUAAAAAAAAAGUAGAAUACCUCCUCGCAGGUUUGAGGAGGGAAAAAUUAAAAAUGAAAAGAAGUGUUGGCACCGGAAAGGGAACACAGGAAGUGUACAAAAGCCAAUGGUUUGCAUUCGAAAGUAUGCAAUUCCUAUGGGACAAAAAUAAAUGUAAGAGAACAUUAAGUACGAUGGAAGAUGAAGUAGUAAUUGUAAGCCCAGAGGCGGUAGAGGGUGAGGUGGAAGAACAAUUACACAUUGGACAAAAUUCCGAAAUGCUUGAACCUGGCCCCAGUACGAGCACCCCAUUGCGCCCAACAAGAACGGUUGCCGCGAAAAGGCGGCAUACAGAUAAAGACGAUCGUUUGGAGAGGGCAUUCCAGAUUUUGGAAAGUGCGUCUGAUCCACCACCUGACGAAUCGCAACAUUUUGCGAAUUUCGUUGCAGCGAAAUUAAGAAAGCUCAACAAUUAUGACAGGCUUCAUAUUGAAGCACGCAUAAUGCAAUUAUUUUUAGAAAUUGAACCUACAUGUAUAGAUAAUAUAUAA